AUGACCCUGCUGUCGGAGGACCAGGGUACCAGGCCGCAGCCCUGCCUUCACGUCAGUCCCUCUCUGGACGCGUACUCGCCUAAAGAGGAGUUCAUGGAGAGCGGCGGGGAGAGUGGCGGGGAGAGCGGCGCGUUUGGGAUGGCGGAGCCCCCCCGGCGGCCCCGGGGCCGCCUGGUCCUCCACAGCCUGGUGAUGUUCGGGCGGGAGUUCUGCUACGCGGUGGAGGCGGCCUUCGUCACGCCGGUGCUGCUGAGCGUGGGCCUGCCGCGGAGCCUCUACAGCCUGGUGUGGCUCAUCAGCCCCGUGCUGGGCUUCCUGCUGCAGCCGGUCAUCGGGUCGGCCAGCGACUUCUGCCGCUCGCCCUGGGGCCGCCGCCGGCCCUACAUCCUGGCGCUGGGCGUGCUCAUGCUGCUGGGCAUCAGCAUGUUCCUCAACGGGGACGCCGUGGUUUCAGAGCUGGUCAGCGAGCGCUCGGCCCGGAGCCUGUGGGCCAUCGUGGUGGUGAUGUUCGGGGUGGUGCUGUUCGACUUUGCGGCGGAUUUCAUCGACGGGCCCAUCAAGGCCUACCUGUUCGACGUGUGCUCGCACCAGGACAAGGAGAGGGGCCUGCACUACCACGCACUGUUCACAGGUCUGGGCGGGGCCUGUGGUUACCUGGUGGGGGCCAUGGACUGGGGCCACUCAGCGUUGGGUCGCGUCCUGGGCUCCGAGUACCAGGUCAUCUACUUCUUCUCGGCGCUGACCUGGGGCUUCUUCCUCACCGUGCACCUGUUCAGCAUCCCGGAGACGCCUCUGGACCGGGACCCGUCCUCCGCCGACCCCUCGGCCUCCAGCGCCCUGCGCCUGCUGGGCUCCCACGGCAACGGGUACGGGGCCCUGGGGAAGGAGCCCAUCGUGGCCGACCUCAGGCCCAGGUCCUUCUCGGCCCUAUCGGAGAGACCCAGGUCUGUGUCGGUACUGGCGGAGAGGCCCAGGUCCUUCUCGGCUCUGGGAGAGGCCAACUCGGUGACAUCCAGCGCCAAGCAGCCCAACAAGGAGCAGAAACGGAUGACUUUCAGGUCUCUGAUGAAAGCUAUCAUCAACAUGCCGAACCACUACCGCUGCCUGUGCAUCAGCCACCUCCUGGGAUGGGCCGCCUUCCUCUGCAACAUGCUCUUCUUCACUGAUUUCAUGGGACAGAUCGUGUAUAGGGGAAAUCCUUAUGCAGACCACAACUCCACGGCCUACGCCACGUAUGAGAGAGGAGUGGAGGUGGGCUGCUGGGGGCUGUGCAUUAACGCGGUGUCGUCCGCCCUCUACUCGUAUGUGCAGCGCUUCCUCCUGCCGUACAUCGGCCUGAAGGGCUUAUACUUUAUGGGCUACUUCGUGUUCGGCAUGGGCACCAGCCUGAUCGGCCUCUUCCCUAACGUGAUCGCCACGCUGGUCCUGUGCAGCGUGUUCGGCGUGAUGUCCAGCACGCUCUACACCAUCCCCUUCAACCUGAUAGCCGAGUACCAGCGGGUGGAGGAGGAGCAGCUGAAGCUGUGCGGCAGCGGGCAGAGGUCCAGAGGCACCGGGAUGGACUGCGCGGCGCUGACCUGCAUGGUCCAGCUGGCCCAGAUCCUGGUGGGCGCCGGUCUGGGGGCGCUGGUCAACGCGGCCGGGAGCGUAAUCGUGGUAGUUCUCUCGGCGUCCACCAUGUCCCUGAUGGGCUGCCUGUUCAUCACUCUCUUCAUCAGAUACGUGGAAUAAUACUGCUCUAAAGAUCAUUUUAAAGCUCUUGUUUUAAUAAUAAAAAAGGAUACUUUGUUAGAUCUGUUCGAUGUCCUCGAUUCUUAUCGCAACGCUAUUUAU